GACAUUGUCACAUAAACGUCACACAAUCGCAUAUGUACAGUCUAUGCGAAAUGUUUUUAUUGAAUUAUUCAAGGUGUAGAGGAGCCAGGUCUCUAAGAAUCCGUGAGCACAUAAAAAGAGACAGAAAACGAGUCGCCCAUGUACAUCCUUGUUCAAUCGCGCAUGCGAGAAAAAGAUAAAAGAUGGAUGUACCCCUCGCUCUACCAUUUUCUUUCUUUUUCUAUCAGCUCAUACUUCCUCAAAGGGGCUGCUACGCCUCUUCAGCUCUAUGCAUAUAAUCUCUUUGGAAUUAUUAGCCAUAUGGAGGGACUAACUUUUGACUGGGACUUGUUCGAUAAAACCACCUUAAUUAAUUUAUCCAAAGAGUGAUAAGUGCCGAUCGAAGAACACCAUGGUUACUUCGUAACAAACAAAUAGCUUCUCCAGCAUUCUUUUUAGCAUUUAACUGGCAGUUUUAAACUAAAACUCAUCGAGUGUACAAAGCGAUCAUAUAAUAAUUGAUACAUUUGAUACAAAGAGACAAACUUAUAAAUUACGCUUAGAAAAAGAGCGUUUGUAUUUGUAACAAUAUUAUAGUGUAUUGAUUAAUAACAUUUAGACUAUAGACUGUGAUACAUUGUUAUUGAAUUUCUGUGGAUCAUGUUUGACUCAAAAAUUCUAACAUAUACCAUGGAUACCAAGAUACGAAAAAAGUGGCGGCUAAUGCACGCCACGGAUUUUCAAUCCUUAAUGUAUCCCUGCUUCGUCUUUUGUCGUAUUCUCGUAAUAUUCCCAUACAAGAUCGAUGCUUCGACUUUCAAGAUUUCAAAACCAUGCUACUUCUUGUCGAGCGUAAUUAUCUGCACUUGCUGCGUUUGUUACUUGAUACUCAUUCACAGUAUCAUUAUUUCUAAAACAUUUACCUACGGAGAUGUACCGAAAAACAUUGAAGUUGUUUGUUACUGUACGUUCAGUAGUUUCAUAGUAAUCAUCACGUUCAUCUUGAGCGGUCCACGAAUGCGCUUACUGCAAACCACUUUGGAAAUCUCUUCGAAAUUAUCAUCGGAAUCGUAUCAGAAAUUAUCCAGAAUAAUUCAUGUCAAGGACAUCUUGUGCCUCAUCCUCCUAAUUAUGCAGGAAUAUCUGUUUUUUUUUAAAGUGCACCCGCAGUUAGAAGUGAAUUGUUUAAAUGUCCUAUUCGGAAUGUAUAUAAACACAGUGGUAUUUCAGAUGAAUAUGUUAUACAUAAAUUGUGUUUGUGUAUUAAAAACCUGUUUCAAAAGUAUCAAUGACAAUUUGAUGCAAAUGGAAAGACUUAUGGUAAACAAUAUAGAGCUAUGCGUUACCAGUUUAAUUUGCCACGUGCAGAAGAAUCAAUUUUUGCUGAAAGAACUCAAAACCAUGAAGAAACAACAUCUAAUGAUUAGCGAAACCGUGCGAGUGCUGAAUUUAAUUUUCAGUCUGCAACUUCUUGCUACUGUAAGCAUAUCCUUUAUUGAAAUCACUUUUGAACUCUAUUUCUAUAUAGUACGCUGGAAAGAUGGUGUAUUUAUUACCUUUGACUGGUAUUUUCUUGAUGUAUUUUUAACAUCCAUGGUGUAUUAUAUUUUAAAACUAACGCUAAUUGUUUGGGCCUGCGAGACUAGCAAGAAUCAAGCCCAAGAGAUUGGUACCACUAUUUAUAGCGUACUUAAUAAUACCAGAAAUGAACAAAUCAAAGACGAGUUGGAGUUGUUUUCUUUGCAAAUAUUGCAUUGCAAAAGUACAUUUUCGGCGAAAGGUCUCACUAUAGAUGCGACGCUUCUCACGGCAGUAAGUAAUCAUUUAUUUGUUUUAAUUAUUAAGAUGUAUAUAUUGUUUAUCUUUCUUAUUUCGUUUUCAGAUGUUCGGCAGUAUCACGACAUACAUAUUAAUUUUGAUACAAUUUUUAAUUACGUCACAUUCUUGUGAUGAAAAAUCUGUAAUCAACAAUACAUGAGUAAUUUAAUCGUAAAAAAGAAGAUAUGUAUUAAUAAAAAAAAGAGUUUUUUUCUA